UGAGCAGCCAACAGUUCUCCGAGAAACUUUCAACGUGCUGGAACGAACAGAUAGGGAUUGCUGCCGAGACGAGACCACCGAAAAAAAAAACCUAAUCGCACUGAUUUAGAAGCGUCCAAUUUGCACAGCGUUAAUUAUCAGCGGCAGCGACAACACGAUGACCAAUCUGGCUCCCACCAUCCGGCUAAACAAUGGGCGCGAGAUGCCGAUCUUGGGUUUGGGCACCUGGAAGUCCUUCGAGUCGGACGCCUACCACUCGACGCGCCACGCCCUCGACGUGGGCUACCGGCACCUGGACACCGCCUUCGUCUACGAGAACGAGGCGGAGGUGGGCCAGGCGAUCGCCGAGAAGAUCGCCGAGGGAGUGGUGACCCGCGACCAGGUCUUCGUGACCACCAAGCUGGGCGGGAUCCACCACGACACCGGGCUGGUGGAGCGCGCCUGCCGCCUCAGCCUGAGCAACCUGGGCCUGGAGUACGUGGACCUCUAUCUGAUGCACAUGCCCGUGGGCCAGAAGUUCCACAACGACAGCAACGUGCACGGCACCCUGGAGCUGACGGACGUGGACUACCUGGACACCUGGCGCGAGAUGGAGAAGCUGGUGGAUCUGGGCCUGGCGCGCAGCAUCGGCCUGUCCAACUUCAAUGCCGCCCAGACGGAGCGCGUGCUGGCCAAUUGCCGCAUCAAGCCGGUGGUCAACCAGGUGGAGUGCCACCCGGGAUUCCAGCAGCAGAAGCUGCGGGAGCAUGCCAAGAGCCACGGCCUGGUCAUCUGCGCCUACUGCCCCCUGGCCCGCCCACAGCCCUCUCGGCAGUGGCCACCCUUCAUCUACGACGAGCACGCCCAGCAGCUGGCCAAGAAGUACGGAAAGUCCACGGCCCAGAUCUGCCUGCGGUACCUGGUCCAGCUAGGGGUGGUGCCGCUGCCCAAGUCCUCGAACAAGGCCCGCAUCGAGGAGAACUUCGGGGUCUUCGACUUCGAGCUGAGUCCGGAGGACGUCGCCAGCAUGGAGCAGUAUCACACGGGUCAGCGCACGGUGCCCUUCUCCGGGAUGGCCGGGCACAAGUACUAUCCGUUCCACGCCGAGUUCUAGACACC